ACAACAAAGACAAAAAAAAAACGAAAAAAAAAGAGCGAGUGACUUUUUUUGUGGUCUUACUCUAUUAGCACGGAAAACACCCGUUCUCUUGGCAUUUCCGAAAGCACAAACUAUUUAUAGCACAAUCAAAUUUCUCACGCGGCAAACACAAUAUGCCAAAACUAAAGAGUUUGCUGCCCAAUAUCUUUGGCGGCAACAAAGAGGCGCACACAACAAAUAUGAAUUCGGAAGGACGACUAGAAACAGAUGCAUUGCCGAUCAGCGAGACGGAUAACAAUAGCGGCGCCCUAUCGCUGCCCUCCAAUACGCCAACAGCAUCAGCAGAUCUAACCGAAUCGGUGUUGCGCGAACUCUCCGAUCCCAAUUACAAUUCCAUGGAUGUGGUGCAAUCCGCGCAGAUACCGGGCAACGCGCUGGUCAAUGGCAGCAGCAGCGGCAGCAGCAGCGGCAACAACAACAACACAAUGAACACCAUGAAUGUGCACAGUGCACAGCAACAGGUGGUGAUGAACUUCUCGAAUGCCAGCAAUUUGCAUUUUGGCUCAGUUUAUAAUUUUAAUCAAAACCUGAGCGCCUGCAGCUCACGCAAAGGCAGCACCAGCACCACAGAGGAGGUGGCGAGCGCCAUUCCACCAGCCGAUGGUAAACGUCAUGUGCCGCGCAAAACGGUCAGCAUUGUGGCCAUGAUGCAGUCCCAGCAGGAGCCCGACGAGCGACUGCUCGACACGGUCGCCACGCAUCUGGGCGAGGGCUGGAAGCAUAUUAUGCGCGAACUUGGCCAUUCCGAAGGUCAGAUCGAGCAGGCGAUUAUCGAUCAUCAAAUGCACGGCAACAUCAAGGAGGUCAUCUACCAAUUGCUGCUGAUGUGGGUGCGCGGAGCGGAUGACGGGGUCGCCACCGUGGGACGACUCACCACGCUGCUGUGGGAAAGCCAGCAUCGCGAGUGUGUGCAGCGCAUGAAACUGGUUUGGAAGGCGCUCGAGAAGCGCAAGACGUCCAGUUAGCUGAUCACGAAAAAAAAAAA